CCCCAAAAAGGCGCCGGCGGCCGGCGGGAGCGGGCACUCCGUGGCUCAGCCCCCGCAGAGGCGCCGGCGGCCGGUGCGCAGGGGCCGCGGCAGGUUGCGGAGCCGCCCCGCCGGCACCAUGAGCCUGACGGCCGAGAGCCACCGCAUCCCGCUGAGCGACGGGAACAGCAUCCCGCUGCUGGGGCUGGGCACCUACGCCGACCCCAAGAAAACUAUACAACAACUGUCCACACUUGGAAAUUUGCGUCAGUAGAUCCUCCUGAGCUACCACCUUUUGGAUGGUGAUAUCGCCAACAGCAAGUUGGUUUGAAGAGAAAGAAGUCACAUCUGAAUUUCUCCUUCCUGCUCUGCUGAAAGCUCUACUGUGUCAUGAGACUCCCAAAGGUUCCUGUCUAGAGUCGGUGAAGAUUGCGAUUGAUACUGGUUACCGCCAUAUAGAUGGUGCCUUUGUCUAUUUCAAUGAGCAUGAAGUGGGACAAGCCAUCCAGGAGAAGAUUGCAGAAGGAAGGAUCAAGCGAGAAGACAUCUUUUACUGUGGCAAGCUGUGGAGUACCUGCCACCCCCCAGAGCUGGUGCGCCUGACACUGGAGAAAACACUGAAGAUCCUUCAGCUGGACUACGUUGAUCUCUACAUCAUUGAGCUGCCCAUGGCUUUCAAGCCUGGUGAUGCGAUCUACCCAAAAGAUGAAAAUGGAAAAAUUAUCUACCAUGAGACAGACUUAUGUGCCACUUGGGAGGCUAUGGAAGCAUGUAAAGAUGCAGGCUUGGCAAAGUCCAUUGGAGUAUCUAAUUUCAACCGCAGGCAGCUGGAGAUGAUCCUGAACAAGCCGGGACUUAAGCACAAACCCGUCAGCAACCAGGUUGAAUGCCAUCCCUAUUUCACCCAACCCAAACUCUUAGAAUUUUGCAGGCAACACAACAUUGUUAUUGUUGGGUACAGUCCACUGGGAACCUCAAGGGAUGAAACAUGGGUAAAUGUGUCCUCCCCUCCCUUAAUGAAGGAUCCUGUGCUGAAUGCCAUUGGUAAAAAAUACAACAAGACAGCUGCACAAGUUGCUUUGCGUUUCAACAUCCAGCGAGGGGUGGUGGUCAUUCCAAAAAGCUUCAAUCCACAACACAUCAGAGAGAAUUUCCAGAUCUUUGACUUCUCCCUCACUGAGAAAGAGAUGAAAGAAAUUGAAGCCCUGAACAAAAAUGUCCGUUACGUGGAACUGUUGAUGUGGCGUGACCAUCCAGAGUAUCCCUUCAGCGAUGAAUACUGAAAACAAAGUGCAUCCAGGCAGGUUCCUAACUCAGUGUCAUUAGGCUUCGUUGGAACAUAUCCAGUGUUUGGUGCUUCAACUUUAUGGGAGACUGUAAAAAUCAGCAUUAAAAACAUGAAAUUUA